UUUGUACCUUCGGCCCUAGGCCUUCUUCCAUUUACCUUUGGGUCUAAUCCCCUUUGUACAAAUGUAAACAUUAUCAUAAUGAGAACAUCUUCUCCGUGGACGUAGCCCAAUUCAUUAAGAGUGAACCACGUAUAUCUUGUCUUUCGUAUAUUUAUCGCUUGCUCAGGUCUUCACACACACAUGCUGAAAGUCCUCACCUUCACCCAUCAUCCAUCACACCUCAUCACUAAGUUGGACUCAAUCUUGGCCGAACCAUUUUGAGCAUCAACAAAAUUAUAUUAGACGAACUCAAUCAAAUAAUCCAGCGAUCCAGGAUCUCUGUCAUCAUCUUCUCAAGGAGGUAUGCGGAUUCCAUAUGGUGUCUUGAGGGGCUGGAGAAGAUCAUGGAGUGUAGAAGAACAUUGGGGCAAAUCAUUUUGCCAAUUUUCUACGACGUUGAUCCUAGUGAUGUCCGGGAACAAACUGGUAGUUUUGCAGAAGCAUUUCAGACACAUGAAGUGCGCUUCCAUGGAGUUAAAGAUAAGGAAGAAAAGAUACAGUCAUGGAGAAAGUCUCUAACUAAAGCUGCAGGUCUGGACGGCCUGGUUUUGAGCAAGUUUGAUGGGUAUGAAGGAGUGUUUAUCAGGAAAAUUAUUGACGAGAUCAAUAGAAAAUUGAAGAGCAGCCACCAAACAAGUUGGAAUAGAAUCUAGCAAGCAAGAAGUCAGUAAAUAUGUUUUAGGCUCUUCUCUAUACAAAAGAAGCACA